CAUUAGAUUUUUUUAAAAAAGAGCUAGAAUAAAACUCAAAGAGAUCAUCAAUUUCUGUUUAAUUUUAGUAUAUAAAACUAUAAGCUUUAGAAUAUUUAGAUUUAUUAGUGGAUCAUCUAUAAUAGUAUAGACAUUAUUUUUAAAUUUUUAUCAAAAUCUCUAAAAAUGUAGUGAUAGGUGAUGAAGGAUAUAAAAAAUUAGCAUAAAGUUUGAAAAUAUUAGUAAAUGCUUCAAUAUUACAUUUACAGAUAGAUGAAUCUUGUCAUGUUGAAUAUUCAGAAAUGUUACACUUGACAGAAGCAAUUGCAAAUUUAAAAAAAUUAUCUGAUCUAAGCAUUAUGAUAGAAGGAUAUAAUUAUAUUCAAAAUGAAGGAUUGUAAUAUUUGGGAGCUAUUUUUGAAGAACUUCCUAAUCUUAGUAAGCUUUAGAUUUUAAUAGGGCAAUAAAAUAGAUACGAUGAGAAAGGAUUUAUAUUUUUUUGCGAGAAAUUAAAAUCUAUCAAACAAUUGGAAAAAUUUUAAUUAGAUAUUGAUGGGAAAAAAAUUAAAGAAAAUGGAUUAAUAGUUUUUGCAAAAGCAUUAGAACACUUUUAAAACUUAAAAGUAUUACAUUUAAAUAUGUUAUUAGGACAGUUAUAAAUCGAUGGAGCUAUAAAAUUAGCAACAGCUUUGGGAUCUUUAAUUAAUUUAAAAGAAUUAAACUUUUUUAUCUCUUAUUAAAGCAGUUUUAGUUCAUAAGUUUAAAUAGAGUUCAGCAAAAAUUUGAAAAAUCUUAAGAAACUUGAAAGUUUAUAGAUAGAAGGUUUGUACUAUCUUAAUGAUGAAUAAGCGAUAAUUAGCUUUGCUGAUGUAUUUAACUAAAUGUCUUAACUUAAAUAAUUAAAUUUGAAAAUAAAUUCUUAGAAAAUCCAUGGUAAAUAUGCAGCUUCAUGUUUAGGUAAUAGCCUUAAAAAUUUAGUAAAUUUAUUUGACUUUAAAUUAACAGUUGAUAGUAAUUGUAAUAUUGGAACAAUUGGUUUGUCUGCUUUAGCUUAAGGUAUAAAAAAUAUGAAGCGUUUGAUAAAAUUGCAGAUUUUUAUAAACGAAAAUAAUUAAGUAGGGCAUGAAGGGGCUGCAAGUCUAGGUUAAGCUUUAGGAGAACUUUAAUAAUUAUAAUACCUUGAUUUAACUUUAUGCAAAUACAAUUAAAUAGAUUAAAAAGGAGCUUAAGCUAUUGCAGAGGGCGUAUAGCAAUUAACGAACCUAAUUUCAUUAGUAAUAGAUAUUAAUAAUUAAAGUUUUAUUUAGUAAAUUGGAAUACUUUCUUUAGGAUAAUCUUUACAAUCGUUGAAUAAAUUAUAAUUUUUAAAAUUUAGUUUAGUUGAAAGCCUAUCAAAUUAUGGAGUUCAAGGCUUGACUUUAGGUUUCUAGAGUUUAAGUAAGUUAAAGCAGCUUUAUUUGUAUUUUUUUUAAAUUGUGAAUAUUUCUUAAGAAAAUCAAAAGAAGUUUUUUGAAAGUUUUAAAUACUUAACUAAUCUUGAAAAUUUCAACUUUCGUUGUGGUUUAUAAAGUAAUGAAAAUGAUAAAAUAAAUGUAUCAGAUUUAUCUAAAGCCUUAGCUUAAUUAAAAAAUUUAACUGCUUUGAGUCUUAAAAUAAAUUUUUAGAAUAAUUAAAAUUAUAAUGAGUUCGGUAGAGCUCUUAGUUCUCUUACAAAAUUAACAAAUUUGAAUUUAGAUGUAAAUGUAUAUGAGCAGGGACCAAAAUAUUUUGAAGCAGUUACUGAAGGAAUUUAAAAUCUUAUUUAAAUUUAAGAUUUAAAUCUUAAUUUUCAUGGAUAAUAAAUGAAUGAGGAUUUUUCAAAAAAAUGUGAAGAAAUGUUUAAAAAUUUAGUUAAUUUAAAGAGGUUAUAUUUUUACAUUUAAAUUUCAUUAGAUGAAAAAUAUACCAUUAAGGAAAUAGGAAAUAUCUUUUAAUAUUUAAAAAAAUUGGAGAGACUUACUUUAAAUAUGAGUUUGAAAUACACAAAUAAAAAAUUAGAUGCCUCAGAAAUUAUUUUUUUUGGAAAUGGUUUAAGUCAUUUAGUAAAUUUAUAGGACCUCUCAUUGAUUUUUAUGCUACCAUAUAUUAAUAAUCUAAAUUUUGAUAAUAUAGUUUAAGGGAUCAAAUAGCUUAAAAAACUUGAAAAAAUAUUUGGUAUUAUCAAUAUCGAUAAUGAAUAUUCUGUAAGUAUUUUAGAUUUUGUGGAGUAUUGUGAAAACAUUUAAAGUUUUAAUUUAUAAAUUGAACCUUCUUUUAAAUUAAAUGAUGAGAAUAAUAAUAUUUUUUUGGAAGAAUUGGAUUAGGCAGAAAAUUAAGUAGGAAAGCAAUUAUCUGAAUAUAAUAGAGAGGAUUAAUACCUAAGUUUAUCAUAAAUAAGUGCUUGUAUAAUAAUGGAUUUGGAACUCAAUCUGCUAAAUGUUUAGGAAACUCAUUAAAAAGUUUAAUUCAUUUGGAAUACUUAGACUUGUAAAUAGGCAAUUUUAACUAAAUUAACGAAGAAGGAGCUCAUGGUUUGGCAUAAGGUAUAAAAUCGCUUUUUAAUUUGACUUAUUUUGUAUUAUCUCUUGACGAAUGCAAUAUUUAAAGAUAAGGAGCCAUAGAAAUCGGUAAUUGCUUGCAACAUUUAGUUAAUUUAAAUAUUCUUCAUCUUGAAAUUGGAUAGGAUUCAAUAGAAAGUGAAGGGGCUGUUUCUAUUGGAAGAGCAUUCUAACAUCUUUCAAAUUUAAAAUAAUUAAAAAUUAAGAUAGGAAACGAAAACAAAAUAAAAUAAGAAGGAGCUUGCGCUUUAGGUGAAGGAAUACAAAACUUGAACUUGGAUAUGCUAGAUUUAUCGUUUGAUGACUUUAAUUUUGCACAUUCAAUUGGGGUUUCCAGUGCGUGCAAAGCAAUAAGUAUGAUGCAAGAUUUAUAAUAGCUGAAUUUGAAUAUUGGUAAUAAUAACUAGAUAAAAUCUUACAGCAUUCAAGAAAUAUCAUAGGCCAUUAAAUGCUUAAAAAACUUAGAAUAAUUUUAAAUAAAGAUUAAUUUAAGCGAGAUCACUGAGAAUUUUCCUUUUGAAUCUGUAGAUCUAAUUAGACUUUUAAAUUCUUAAAGCAUAAAUUUUAUCUUCAGUAAAGAGAAAAAUUAAAUUAAAAAUGAAAUUAUACCUAAUCCAAAUAAAAAUAUUGAUUGUAGAAGUAAAAUUAUUAUUUUGACUGACAUUAAUUUAGAUGAAAAAGAAAUGUUUUAGAAUAUAUUUUUACCUAUUUAGUCUAUCAACUUAAUACCUUAAAUUAAAGAAAUUGAAAUAAAAUUACCAUCAUAUUUUAAUAUUACUCAGAAUGGAAGCUCAAAAUUAUCAGAUUAAAUAUAUAAUUUGUAAUUUAUUGAGGAUUUAAAAAUUAACUUUGAAUAUCAAUCAAUAGGAUCUGGAGUUAUUAAUAUUGCAAGCAGUAUUUCUAAAUUAUCAAAUUUAAAGUAUUUGUCUUUAAUUUUAGGUUAAAAUAAUAUAACAAGUUUUUAAAUCUAAGAAAUCGGAAAUUAUUUAAGCUAACUAAAUAAUCUAGAGACAUUUUAACUUUUGAUAGCAAAAUAAAAUAAUUUGGUUUUUGGUGAUUUACUAGCUUUUAUAAACAAAUUUUAUGUUUUAUAGAAGCUAAAGUUAGUAAAAAUUUAGCAAGGUAUUAGCGAAUAUAAAGAAACCAGAAAAAACUUGCUCAGAUAACUAGCUAGAAAGAUUAAAAGAUUAGUUCUAUUUUAGGUGAUAAAUGGUAAAUAUAUUUAAUAUUGAUUUGAAGCAAAUAUUUUGGCCCUUACUUGAAUCGAUAGUUCUAAUUUUUAUCAUAUUUUAAAGAUUUGUUUAAAUCUUUAAACUUUGAGUUUGCUUUAUAAAACCAAAUUAGUUUUAUGAUUAAAUUUUUUAUUUUAAAUAAGUAUCUAUUGAAAAUAAGAAAAUAAAUCUGUUUAUCAAAAAGUAUAAAAUAUUUUAUGUGCAGUUUAUUAAUAAUUUAAGCAUCUUAAUAAAAAAUUAUUAUUUCAUAAUUAA